AAUAUAUAAUAUUUUAAAUAUGAGUAAAAUUUUAAAUUUGAGACUUUAAGUUAGAUCGGAACAAUGAACUUCCAUCCAUGGAAUCUCCAGUAACAGAUAUGGAUAUAAAUACUCUAGAAUACCUAUCUCUAGAGUAUCUUUCAAGCCAAACCGAUCCAAUAGAUUACAAUACACUGUAUUUUAAAAUAUUGGAAGAAAAUGGACUAUCUACCAAUGAAACAAACGUAGAAUUGUGGAUUCGUCUGUAUUCUAACAAGAAUGUGCUGAUUUUAAUCAAUGACGAAUUUUAUUUGUAUUUAAGAAAUAAUUUUAAGAAGAAAACUAGAAGAAAAAAUGUUCAUUUAUUCGACAUUGAUAUUAGCCAAUUUGAACCAAACGAACUUGUGGAACAUAUCCCAGAAUCAAGACUUCUUUGUUCAAAUUCAUAUAGAAUAAGGAGUUUGAACCUUGUAUUAUAUGAACAGGUUGUUAAAACAAACGACCGUUUCAAGUUACUAAUGGCAAUAGCAUCAAAAAGAUACUCAGGUAUGUGCACUUCAGAUUAA